AUGCAGACCUUCGUGAAGAUGCUGAUGGGGAAGACGAUCACCUUGGAGGUCGAGAGCAGUGACACGAUCGACAACGUCAAGACCAAGAUCCAGGACAACGAAGGUAUACCGCCGGACCAGCAGCGCCUCAUCUUUGCUGGGAAGCAGCUGGAGGACGGCCGCACCCUCGCUGACUACAACAUCCAGAAGGAGUCCACGCUCCACCUGGUUCUGCACCUGCGUGGCGGCGGCGGCGGGAACAGCUGCUGCCCCCGUAGCGUGGACCUCAAUCUUCGGAACCUGGCGCUGCAGCAAAACAAGAAGAUGAUCUGCCGCAAGUAA